AUGACCUUCAGGCAUGGUGGCGACUUCGUGGGCCUCAUGAACAAGCUGCCCUACAUCAAGGGCCUGGGUUGCCAGGCCGUUUGGAUCUCGCCGAUCUUUCAGAAUGGCUUCAACUUUUACCAUCAGUAUGCACAGAUAGACUUCACGCUGCUGGACCAACGAAUGGGCACCUUGCAAGAGCUCCGCAACCUCGUCACCGCAGCGCACGACCUGGGAAUGUACGUGAUUGUGGAUGUUGUGAUGAACCACAUGGCCAACGAGUUCUUCUUCGAGGGUCAUGAGUACACGCAGGCCCCAUUCAGAUUUCACGAGGAGCAGGGCCUUCGCGAAUAUUUGUUGCAAGUGCGGAAGAAGGACGCGACCUUGUUACACGACACGCCGGCCGGCAAACAGCCAUACCAAGAUUUCUACUAUGACAACACGUGGGUUCCGUCCGCAAAGUACAACGGCACACUGUACGGUCAGUAUGGCGAGUGGGUCACUGACGCGGGGUCCGGCACUUACGACUUGUCUGACUUCCACCACAACGGAGAUCUGGUCGAUUAUUUCGACCCGUGGGAGAUCAACUUUGGGAAGAUCUACGGCACGAUGGAUGACCUGAGGCUGGAACACUGGCGUGUGCAGGAGAAGUAUAUCGCUAUGACCAAGGCUCUCAUCGAAAGCUGCGAUGUUGAUGGCUAUCGUGUCGAUACGCCUAUGCAAGUUCCGCUGAACUUUUUCAAAGCCUGGGCUCCCGCCAUGCGGGACCAUGCGGCGUCCCUCGGGAAGGAGCGCUUCGGAAUCUUCGGCGAGUUCUACGUAACGCCUUCGCGGUAUGCGACGAUGACGGGCAGGGGCCGUGACAACACUAUGUAUGGGCAGGAUGUCUACAUUGAUGGUAUCGCCACAUUGAAAGGUGGCAUCGUGUACCCAUACUAUUGGUACAUCUUCACGGCGAUGGUCUACAAGGACUCGCAGUAUGCGGACGGCUUGGUUUUGGCAUACAGGGAAGAGAACAAGAUGAUCGACAUCUUCGAUCCCACCACAAAUCGACAAUUGGCGUAUGCAGAGUAUGACUGGAAAGGCAGAGAUGAGAAUGUGUCUGGCGAUAACUUCGACAUGACAAGCGAGACCUACCGCUACAUUGCUCGGCUGAAUGCGCUUCGACGAUGGUACUUCGGCGACUUCGGAAGGGCGGAGUGCGAUGCCGUGUCGGCGCCCAACCCGCAGAUCCCAGGAAUCCUCGUGUUCGAGCGCGGCUGCACCAGCCUGACCAAGGUUCUGGUGAUCGCCAGUUUUGAGACCGUGCAGAACAAGACAGUCAGAGUUCCAGUCUCGUGGGUACCUGGGCUGCGAGCUCUUGCAAGGACUUUUCAGGUUAAGGGUGAGGGAUUAAGUGUUAAGAUUUGGUAG